AUGCAGCACUUUGCGCAAGACCAGCCAGCGCUGUACAACUUGAUACAAGACCGGAUUGGCGAGAUCCGGGAGGUCGUCGAUGUCGACAGUUGGGACACAUGGUUGAAUCGCCGGCCCAAGGACAAGACAAACAAAUGGUUCCGCAGAUGCAAGGCAUACCUGCCACGGUUUAGGACUGUCAAAAGUCUUGCGACAAGUUUAAGCAAUCUAGACCCGCACCACCUCGCGCCGUAUGUUACUACCGGCGUUUUCGUCUUCAUCGAGCUCUGCUUUGAAUCGGUCGACCCGUCGAUGCGCGAUAAGGCUAUGACCAUGUUAUUGAAGACGAGUAUAAUUAUCAGUAAGUGGGUCGACCGCGAAGCCGACCUAAGGCGGAUGAAGAAGGGAACCAAGUCGCAAGAUGUAGAGAAGAUCGAACAACAACUUCCCAAGCUCUACUUCGACAGCCUGAUGCUGAUCUCCUCCAUUUACGAAUCCGGGAGGACCAGAUCCAGUCGUCUCAAGGCGAACUUGAUCUCGGAGCCGGGAGAAUGGGACCAGGCGUAUCAGAAGCUAGAUGACCGAGACUCAGCGUGCGGCGAGCUGAAGAGUAAUGUCGAAUCGGAGCUCAAGAGAAGUGAUGCCAACAUUGCCAUACUCAACUGGAUCCGGAACCGCAGCGAGGAUCCCGAGCCUGUGCACGAGACGGUCAAGGAGAGGACGGGGAUUAACAAUCGCAAGUCAAUGGCCGGAAAUUGGUUCCUCGAGACGCCAGAGUUCAGCUCGUGGAUAGAUGGAAUCCGUCAAAAAGAGGCAGUAAAGUCGGUGUUCUGGCUGAAGGGAGCGAGAACGGGGAAAACAACAUUGAUCUGCCGGGCCAUCUCCCACUUCGAGGAUUUUCCUAUCGAUGGAGUCAGGUUCGUCCGAUACUACUGCUACAGCAGCAAGACCGGGAAGGAAUCCAAAUCGCCCGGAUACGAGACGAUAAUUCGAGCGUUAUGCUACCGGCUGGCGUGGAAUAGAGAUGGGAGCGUGGCUGAACCCGCUAUAGACUUGCACGACCAGGCUAAACAGGGCCAAGACUCACCGUCCACUAAGACAUGGGAGACGCUACUCAAGAGCCUGAUCACUUCCAGUUCAACUCCGAUCGUGUUUGUCAUUGACGCUCUUGACGAGUGCAAAACGCAGUAUGAUUACAUUAGGCUCCUCAAGUUCCUGAGCGGGCUGCUGCAGACGUCUGUUGGACUGCACUGCCUAAUCUCGUCGCAGUCGCAUAUGAGGGUCGGAGACUACUUUCAUGGCUCUGUACAAAUGUUUGACGUUGUCCAACCUCGAACAGAGGAGGACAUGAGGCGCUUCAUCAAGGAUCAGAUUGAGUCGAAAAGAGAGGACCCCCAGUGGAAGAAGAGUAUAUUCUUCGAACACAGUGCUCUAUGCAAUCGAUUGAGAUUGGCAUUGUUUAAAUCUGCCGGUGGCAUGUUUCGGUGGGUUGAAAUUUGGCUCAGCGUAUUCUUCCCGAAGAACAAGAAGCCCGUACGGUCUCUGAAUUAUGCAAAAAAGCUGCUCGAUGAGCUGGAGGGCCUCAAGAGCUUGGACAAACUCCCAGAUAGAGAAGACGACAAGUUCUCAGACAACGAGAACAAGGAGGCCAUCAAGGCAGCCUAUGAGAGGCUUUGGAACAUCAAUGGUGACGACCAAUACAAGGAUCUCCAAGUUCGCGUCUUUCAAAUUAUCACGGGCGCGCGGGAAAGCCUGACGCCUGAGCAGCUACUCGAGUUCGCCCUUUCCGAUCCACGCAACAACGAGAACUUCGACUUAGACGAGCUCGAGGGCUUGUACUGCAACUUUCUGGAGAUGAACAGCGAGGGCUAUCUGGACUUUGUACAUCUCUCAGCCAGGAUAUUUGUAUUCGAGAUGAAAGAGAAAGGCUUCGGCACUUCCGAUUUCAGUCCAGAAUCCUUCCUCGCCCGCAGUUGCCUACGCUACCUGAGCGUCCCACACUUUGAGAGCGGGUUUUGUCAUACGGACGAGGAGUUUGAAGAGCGAUUGAGGUCGUACCCGCUCUACCUCUAUGCCGCACGCAACUGGGGACAUCAUGCUCGCCAGGCUUCGAUUCCUAUACCGGAAGUCAUAGAUUUUCUAGAGUGCAAGCCAAAGAUGGAGGCAUCUAGCCAAGCACUGAUGGCCAAAAAGCACUACCCAAACUACUCAAACAAUUUAUAUUCCAGCCAAGAAGUUCCAAGGCGUAUGACAGGACUACACCUGGCGGCGUACUUUGGGGUCCAAGAAGCAGUGAGUGACUUACUCGAUAGUCCCUCUAAGAAUCUAAAGGACAGUUAUGGUCGGACGCCGCUGUCAUGGGCUGCAGGGAAUGGGCACGACGUGGUGGUGAAGCUGCUGCUCGAGAAAGGCGCAGAGCUGGAGAUCAAAGAUAAUAUCUCUGGUCGGACGCCGCUGUCAUAUGCUGCAGAGAGAGGGCACGAGGCGGUGGUGAAGCUGCUGCUCAAGCAUGGCGCGAAGCUGGAGACUAAAGGUAAUGUCUCUGGUCAGACACCGCUGUCAUAUGCUGCAGAAAGAGGGCAUGAGGCGGUGGUGAAGCUGCUGCUCGAGAAAGACGCGAAGCUAGAGCUAGAGACUAAAGAUAAUCUCUUUGGUCAGACGCCGUUGUCAUGGGCUGCAUGGAAUGGGCACGAGGCGGUAGUGAAGCUGCUGCUCAAGAAUGGCGCGAAGCUGGAGACCAAAGAUAAUAUCUCUGGUCAGACGCCGUUGUCAUGGGCUGCAGGGAAUGGGCACGAGGCGGUGGUGAAGCUGCUGCUCAAGAAUGGCGCGAACCUGGAGACUAAAGAUAAUGACUCUGGUCAGACACCGCUGUCAUAUGCUGCAGAGAGAGGGCACGAGGCGGUAGUGAAGCUGCUGCUCAAGAAUGGCGCGAACCUGGAGACUAAAGAUAAUGACUCUGGUCAGACACCGCUGUCAUAUGCUGCAGAGAGAGGGCACGAGGCGGUGGUGAAGCUGCUGCUCAAGAAUGGCGCGAAGCUGGAGACCAAAGAUAAUAUCUCUGGUCAGACGCCGUUGUCACGGGCUGCAGGGAAUGGGCACGAGGUGGUGGUGAAGCUGCUGCUCAAGAAUGGCGCGAACCUAGAGACUAAAGAUAAUGACUCUGGUCAGACACCGCUGUCAUAUGCUGCAGAGAGAGGGCACGAGGCAGUGGUGAAGCUGCUGCUCAAGAAUGGCGCGAAGCUGGAGACCAAAGAUACCUCUGGUCGGACGCCGCUCUCAUGGGCUGUAGAGGGAGGGCACGAGGCGGUGGUGAAGCUGCUACGAAGCAGAAAGCCUAAUGAUUCAUAG